GCUCGAUCAGGAAGUGGCGGGCGGAGCCCGGGGUCGAGUCACCGCCUCAGCUGCCGCCGCCGCCGCCGCCGCCGCCGCCGCCAGUGCGGAGACCCCGACCUGGCGGGGCAGCGCUGGGCGCGCGUGCGGGCAGGCGGGGGCGCUGCGGAGGAGCAGGAAGCGGUGGCCACGCCGGCGUGGGCGGCUGGUCACGGCGAAGGCGCGGGGAGGCGGCGGCGGGGCGCGUGGGGCGGCCCUUCUCGCUCAGGCCGGAGGUACGUGGAGCAAACUUUUGGGCCGGAAAGAGGCAUUAUGGAUCCAAGCCUGUUGAGAGAACGAGAGCUCUUCAAGAAACGAGCUCUUUCCACUCCUGUAGUAGAAAAACGUUCAGUAUCUUCUGAAUCAUCAUCGUCAUCAAAGAAGAAGAAAGCAAAGCUAGAACAUGGAGGGUCAUCAGGCUCUAAACAAAAUUCUGAUCACAGCAAUGGAUCAUUUAACUUGAAAGCUCUAUCAGGAAGCUCUGGAUAUAAGUUUGGCGUUCUUGCUAAGAUUGUGAAUUACAUGAAAACACGGCAUCAGCGAGGAGAUACGCAUCCUCUAACUUUAGAAGAAAUUUUGGAUGAAACACAACAUUUAGAUAUUGGACUCAAGCAGAAACAAUGGCUAAUGACUGAGGCAUUAGUCAAUAAUCCCAAAAUUGAAGUAAUAGAUGGGAAGUAUGCCUUCAAGCCCAAGUACAACUUGAAAGAUAAGAAGGCCCUACUUAGGCUCUUAGAUAAGCAUGACCAGCGAGGCUUAGGAGGAAUUCUGUUAGAAGACAUAGAGGAAGGACUGCCCAAUUCCCAGAAAGCCGUCAAGGCUUUAGGGGACCAGAUACUAUUUGUAAAUCGUCCUGAUAAGAAGAAAAUUCUUUUCUUCAACGAUAAGAGCUGUCAAUUUUCUGUGGAUGAAGAGUUUCAGAAACUGUGGAGGAGUGUCACUGUGGAUUCAAUGGAUGAGGAGAAAAUUGAAGAAUAUCUGAAACGACAGGGUAUUUCUUCCAUGCAGGAAUCUGGACCAAAGAAAGUGGCCCCUAUUCAGAGAAGGAAAAAGCCUGCUUCUCAGAAAAAGCGACGGUUCAAGACUCACAAUGAACACUUGGCUGGAGUGCUCAAGGACUACUCGGACAUUGCCCCCAGCAAAUAGUGAACAGUUGUGUCCAUGAGCAAAGAGUUACAAAGUCAAGAUCUUUCUUGUUGAUGCUGGGCUCUGACGACUGUCUUCCCAUUCUACUUCUUAGGACUGAGGAGAGGAGCAUUCAGUUUACAGGACAAGUGCAAAUUACCAAACUCAAAGCUUAUUUUAAUUGAAUAGGCUAAUGAGAAAUGUGAUAGUCCCUGUUAACCUUCUGUUACUUCUUAGGGGAAAGGCACAUAGCAUGGCAUGCACGUGUCUUUGCUAUUUAUCUCUACUUCUAAGUGGUUCCUGGUUCCAUUUUUCCUCUUUUAUUACUUUAGAACAGGUUUGCAGAUAGUCUUGAAUGCAAUAUUUGUUUAUUCCAGAAGGACAUAUUUAUAAUAAAAUCAUUGUAGAAGGAGCUCUAAGAUGUUCCUGAAUUCAGUUUGUUUCUUUCCAUUCUUGGCAAUUACAUUUGGAAGCUCCAGCCUUUAACUCCCACAGGGUGCAUAUUUGGGACAUCAUUGAAAACUGUGAUCUGUGCUGUGUUGCUGAGCAUAUGGAUUUUACAACUGGAACAUGAAGUGUGCCUCUUGUUGGCAAGUGCGGCAAUAAAGAUAGACUAUGUCUGA